AUGGAUGCCGUAGGCGUGCAGGCACUCGCCGAUGCACUGGGCGCGGGCCAUGAAGCCGGCCAAGGACGUGUCGGAGGUAACGACGUGGGCGGUAGCGAUGGCUUUGUUUUGGUUGAGGCGCCAGGCGUGGAGUUCGUGGACGGAGAUGACUCCAGGGAUCUAGUACGGAGGGGUGCGUGA